AUAUAAAUAUAUAUACACAUAAAGCAUGGACUCACAGACAUCAAAACAACAAAACAUGGCGUCGGUGAACAGAGCAUCCUCGUCGCUGAUUAAGGUGGUGGCGCUCUCAGGUUCUCUCAGGAAAGGCUCUUACAACACCGCCCUCAUUCGUUCUGGUAUUGAGCUGAGCAAAGGAGAGGUUGAAGGCAUCGAGAUUGAGUACAUUGAUAUUUCGGAUUUGCCUUUUCUGAACACUGAUCUUGAGAAAGAUGGAAGUUAUCCCUCUGAAGUUGAAGCUUUUCGGCAGAAGAUUGUUGCAGCUGAUAGCGUUCUCUUUGCUUCCCCUGAAUACAAUUACUCUGUCACAGGUCCUUUAAAGAAUGCAAUUGACUGGGCAUCAAGACCACCAAAUGUUUGGGCCGGAAAAGCUGCUGCAAUAGUAAGUGCUGGAGGAGGGCAUGGCGGAGCAAAAUCACAGUAUCAUCUACGCCAAAUUGGAGUGUUUUUGGAUCUUCAUUUCAUCAACAAACCUGAAUUCUUCCUGAAUGUAUUCCAGCCACCACCAAAGUUUAACAGUGAUGGUGACUUGAUUGAUGAAGAUGUUAAGAACAGGUUGAAGGAAAUCCUUCUCUCCUUGAAGGAAUUCACCCUAAGACUUCAAGGAAAAAAUUGAACCAACUUUAGUCCUAAAAAAUUGUUGCAAUAAGCCAUGGAACUUUCAAACAUGUUUCCUUCUUUUGGUACUCUAGUUAAAAUAAUUAUGUGAUGUUAAUCUUACUGUUCCAUUUCUAUCAAACUCUAUUAUUUAGUAUCUCGAAUUUCCAAUUGUAGUUUUUCCAUUUGUGUGAAAGUCAGUUAUCCAACUAUUUUAAUUAUA